AUGCAAGCAAAUAGUCUGCAUCAGACAGCUGGCCAGUCGGCUCCACGAAAAAUGGAAUACCAACGCCUCGGCAACAGUGGACUUAAGAUCUCCCGAAUCAUCCUGGGCUGCAUGACAUACGGCAACCCAAACUGGGAAGGGUCACCGUGGGUAUUGAGCGAAGAACAAUCCCUUCCCCUCAUCAAAAAGGCCUACGAUGUAGGAAUCAACACCUUCGACACUGCAAACACAUACUCUAACGGAGCGUCCGAAUCAAUCCUCGGCAAAGCUCUCAAGAGAUACUCAAUCCCUCGCAGCCGAGUGGUGAUCAUGACAAAACUCUACUAUCCGGUCCUCGAGGACGACCCAAAUGCCCGACCAAGUCCAGCAACUAACGACGGGCCGCUCGUGAACCAGAUGGGACUCAGUCGAAAGCAUAUUUUCGAUGCCGUGGAGGGGUCCCUGCGCCGCCUAGACACAGAUCAUAUCGAUGUGCUUCAAAUCCAUCGGCUGGAUUCUGAGACAUCCCCUGAGGAGAUCAUGCGCGCUCUGCAUGAUCUGGUGCAAAUGGGGAAAGUGCGGUACUUGGGGGCAUCGAGUAUGCACUGCUGGGAGUUUGCUCGGCUGCAGUAUAUUUCGAAGAUGAACCGGUGGACGCCGUUUGUUAGUAUGCAGGGGCUGUAUAAUUUGCUUUAUCGGGAGGAGGAGAGGGAAAUGAACCCUUUCUGUGAAGCCGAGGGUGUGGGGUUGAUUCCGUGGAGUCCUUUGGCAAGGGGAUUACUAGCACGGCCUUGGAAGGAGAAGUCGGCGCGUGCUGAUCAGGAUCAGAAGACUAAGAAGUGGUUUGUGGGGGACCAGAAUGAGGAGAUUGUUAGGAGGAUUCAGGAGAUGGCUCGUAUGAAACGUUGUGAGAUGGGUGCUAUUGCAAUGGCUUGGUUGUUUAGCAAAGGUGCAUGUCCUAUCGUUGGGUUGAACAGUGAAGCGAGAAUCGAAGAGGCACUAGGAGCUUUCGGUGUGACGCUGUCGAAAGAGGAAGUGAGGAUUUUAGAGGAGCCAUAUGGACCACUGGCUGUUCAAGCUAUUUGA